CAAAAUUUAGAGAGAGAUUCCUAUUCCAAGUUCCUUUUAUAUAUCUAAAAUCUAUUUUGUUUAUUAUUAUCAAAAUAUCAGUGUAUAUUUUUGACAUUUAUAACUGGAGAAAAGAAACGAAAUUGAAACAGCAUGGCUAUAUCUGAUAAUCAACAACAACAGCAACUACAAGAAAACAUAGAUAAUUGUUAUUUGUUAAAAUGGCCUGAUCAUAAUGAUUAUAUGUUAUCAGUGGCAUCACAAUUAUUCAAAGAAAAUUCAAUGGUUGAUGUGACACUGGUUGUUGAUGGUGAACAUAUUUAUGCACAUCGUAUUGUACUUUGUUCAUACAGCACAUUAUUUCAAGAUUUAUUAAAUGAUGCUAAAGAUGAUAAUCCAACAAUAAUAAUAUGUGGUAUCAGUGCUCAUGAUGUCAGGCUUAUAAUUGAUUGGUGUUAUUCUGGAAAAUUUCCAGAUGAUCUUAAAAGUUUUCAAGAAGCUGCAUUUUUAUUUCAAAUUGAUGUCAUAAUUAAACUUGAUGAAAUUAAUGAUGAUGAUAAUGAUGAUGUUGUUGGUGCUGAUACUACAACGUUAAUUACAAAGGAUAUAUGUGAUGAUUCUCAAGAAGCCUUGGGUGAAUUUAUAUCAUCAGAUAAUGAAGAAAUAUUAGAUGAAACAUUUAAUAUACAAAAUGAGAUUAAUGAUAAUAAUGAUAAUAAUGAUGAUACUGAUAAUUAUAAUGAUGAAAUAAAUGAUAAUGAACAAGAAGAGCCACAAAAUAAUAUAAUAAAUGAAAUACAAUUAAAUAAUGAUACAAUUAAUAAAAAAAAAAAACGUAGAAAAGAACAUUUAAAACGUGAAUACAGUAAAGAAAUGUUAGAAUCAGCAUUAAAAGAUAUAAAAAAUGGUAUGUCAUUAAUUGAAGCAGCAUCUAAAAAUGGUAUACCACGUUCAACAUUAUAUAUGCGUGCUAAAACAAUGCAAAUACCAUUACAUGCACCAAGAAAUGAAUAUUCAGCAGAAACUAUGGAUGGUGCAAUAUCAGCUGUAUUAAAAGGUUCAUCAUUACAAAAUGCAUCUGAAAUAUUUAGAAUACCAAAAACAGUAUUAUGGAGAAGAAUACAAAAAGAUGGUUAUCGUAUUAUUAGAACUGAUAAAAAAAAAAUAUAUGCAUCAGAAAAAAGAAAAGCUGCUAUUGAAGCAUUAAAAAGAGGUGAAAAUUUAACAAAAGUAUCAAUUGAAUAUAAAGUACCAAAAACAACAUUAUUUAGAGAUAAAGCAAGACUUAUUGAUGAAGGAAAAUUACCAAGUUCAUUUUGGAAAAAAAGAAAAACAGCUAAUGAAGCAUAUAAAAAAGCUCAACUUGAAGAAGCUGUUGCUGCAUGUAAAAAUGAUAAAUUAUCACAAGCUGCUGCAUCAAUAAAAUAUGGUAUACCAAAAACAACAAUAUGGAGAAGAUUACAACAUUUUAAUAAUAAUAAAAAAAAAAAUAAACAACAAAAUAUUAUUAACAGUGAAAAUAAUACUAAUAAUAAACAAAUUGAAAAUGAAAUUAUUGAUAUAAAUGCAAUUGAUGAUGAAAAUGAUUAUUCAAUAUGUGGUACUUCUGAUAUUUCUAUUGCCUAUAUUGAUAAUGAUACUGAAAUUCCUCAAAAUGGAAUUAUUCUAGAAGGUGUUGAACAUAUUGAUGAGGUUCAUGAUGAAGAAUAUACUUCUAUAAUUAGUCUUGAUGAUGAUUCAUGACUGAAAGCUGAAUAAAACAAAGUAUAUGUGAAAUAUAUAAAUUAAUAUAAAUAUUAUUUUUAUCAACAUUAAAUCAAUUUAAAUAAUAACAAAAAAAAAAACACGAAUAAAUAUAUAUACUGUGUAUUGUGAUGGACAUUUAUUAAUUUGAAAAUAAAAAUACAUUCAAAAUUUUAAUUCAAA